UUAAGCUUAGGGGUUAGGUUUAAGGUUAAGCUUAGGGUUUAGGGGUUAGGUUUAAGGUUAGGUUUAAGGUUAGGGUUAGGUUUAAGGUUAGGUUUAAGGUUAGGCUUAGGGGUUAGGUUUAAGGUUAGGCUUAGGGGUUAGGUUUAAGGUUAGGCUUAGGGGUUGGGGAAAAUAGAAUUUGGAAUGGGAAUUGUUGGGUCCCCAAAAUGUCCUCACAAAUAUAGUAAGACAUAUCUGUGUGUUAGUGUGACUCCUCCCCCUCUGUGUGUCACCAGGUGGAGUGGUCCCCAGGUAAAGCCCUCCUAUGAGGUGAGGUUAAGGUGACCCCUGACCCCGCUCACACAGCGCCCCUCCACCAGGCAGCAGGACUAAGGGAUGUCACGGGGCUUCCUGCUGCUCACGCUGCUCACAGUCUUCUCCAGCAUCCAAGUGUCCUCAGCUAAGCCAUUAAAGGCGUUGAUGCAGAGAUGGGUGAUGUACACGGAGGAGUGUAGCCGCAAUCACAGCAGAGAACCGCCACUCACUGGUGUUGUGUGUAACAGGACCUUUGACAUGUAUGCCUGCUGGCCUGAUGGACUCGCCAACACUACUGUCAGUGUGUCCUGUCCCUGGUACCUGCCCUGGCACCACAAAGUCCAGCAUGGUUCGGUGUACAGGGAGUGUGACGCGGACGGCCAGUGGGUUCCCCAGAAGAACACGAGCGAGUGUGAUGCUAAUGAUCCCGCUCAGCCUCACUAUGGUCAGAUCCUCAAGAAGUUCCGGACCAUGUACACCGUGGGCUACUCUCUGUCUCUGGGGGCUCUGGUGUUAGCGCUCGGAAUCCUGAUCACUUUCAGGAAGCUCCACUGUAUGAGGAACAACAUCCACAUGAACCUGUUUGCAUCCUUCAUCCUGCGUGCUCUGUCCAUCCUGAUAAAGGACGCCAUGCUGGAGGCUCCCAGCGUCAACAUCGGACAGGACCAGGAUGUUACAGACUAUGAGGUGGAGUGGCUCGUCAACAACGAGACAGCGGUGGGGUGUCGUAUCGCCGUGGUGAUGAUGCAGUACAGUAUCAUGGCUAACAGCUAUUGGCUGCUGGUGGAAGGCAUCUACCUCCACAACCUGCUGGUCAUCACCGUGUUCACUGAGAGAAACUACUUCAACAUCUACCUGUGUAUCGGCUGGGGUGCCCCUCUGAUCUUCCUGGUGCCCUGGGUGAUGGUGAAAUACCUGUAUGAAAAUGAGGAGUGCUGGGAGCAGAAUAUCAACAUGCAGUACUGGUGGAUCAUAAGGUCACCUAUACUGCUAGCAGUUGUGGUAAGUACCCUUUUGGUUGUUGUCUUUCAAAGGCCUUCUCCAACUUGAUCUCUAUAUCUCUCUCUCCAUCUACAUCUCUCUCUCUCUCUCUCUCUCUCUCUAUACAUCUCUCUCU